AUGCCACGAAUUGGUGGUUUAUUGCCGCCGCACACCUUGCGUAUGCGUUUGAUGUUUAUAGUGGGGAUUAUUGUAUGGCUGGGGUUUUUCUCCAGGCUGAUGUUUCUGUUACAAUACGCUGAAAAUGGCAGUGGUCCUGGGCUGGCUCAACCAGCCAGUUCUGCGGCGACGCAACCGCCCCAACCUCUAGGUAUCAGUGGGGCCAAUGACAAGGAUGCAUGUAUUUUGCGUGUGGUGGAAAAGUAUACUCGCUACGCAGAAGAAGCGUCUACUGCCACAAAGAUGCGCAAAGAGCGUGGCCCGCUGCGCAUCGCCGCCUUCUCGCGUUUAUGGAUACCGCCCAUUCACGGGACAGGCGGUAUGCAACUUCAUGCCUUUCACAUUUACUCCCAACUUGCUUCACGAGGUCAUUACGUUCAUGUCUUUGUGACUGGUCCCCCUGUAAAUCAUUCACGUAAGACGAUGUACUGUAUCGAGCCAGAGACGCAUGCAGCAGUGCAGUGCAGAAGUUCAGAGGCGCGUUUGGUAGUGGAGCAAGUUCCUUCCACCACCAACAAGGCGUAUAGUGUGGCAUGGUUAAAUAAUUCUCUUGAAGCAUUUGGCGUUCUGCACGCCGAGCGGCCUUUUAACAUCGUCCACAGUGAAAGUUGGGCGGCUGUACCCAACAUUUACCAAAUACAAAUUCCAUUUGCUGUAACGUGGCAUGGAUCAAUGCUUGACUGGUUUCGUAAUGAGUUAAAUUAUAUUGCACACAACUAUCGGCUGCGGCGCAAAGCACCUGGAGCGGCGGUGUGGAGUCGGAUGCAGGAUCUUGCCAAGGCUGUGGCGCUGGAGGAGUACAUGCUUCUCACGGUUCCUCAACAUAUCGUCAUUUCAGAUGCAGCGGAGCGUGAUUUGGUGAAGGUGCAACACGUGGCUCGGGAACAAGUCGCAUUGAUUUAUAAUGGUGUCAAUACACAAAUUUUUCAUCCACGCAAGGAAAGGGCUGUGCGUGACGCAUUCCUUCGAGCCCAUGGAGUUCCUUCUGAAAAUUAUGUCGUGGGAUGUGGUGGACGACUGGUUGAAAUAAAAGGGCAUUUGCAACUUUCUCGGGCGAUGCGCCGUGUGAUGCAAGAGUACAAAAAUGUGACACUUCUUGUUAGCGGCGAAGGUCCAAUGGCUAACGUUUACGAAGCCAUGCGGAGGGAGGGGCUACCCGUCGUUCAACUGGGAAUGCUCCCUCAAAAGCAACUUGGGACCUUCUAUCAGGCAAUUGAUGUCUUUGUGGAUCCCUUCUAUCAGCACCACGGCCUGAACACCGUGAUGAUUGAGGCAGCCCUGUCCGGCGUGCCACUUGUUGUGACGGACCUUGGCGGCGCACUGUCAGUGGUACCGUGUGCUGCUUACGGUCGUCUGUUUACUGUUGGCGAUGUGAUUGGGUUGGCGCGUGAGAUUCUUUACUACAUGCUUCAUCCUGAUGAAGCGGCGGCGACGGCGCGUCGGGCCCGCGAACGUGCCAUGAAAUUGUUUGAUAGCGAUGUAAUGGCGAUGCAUUACGAGAGGGUUUUGUAUCGUCUGGUGGAAAAUCAGCCACCUUUGACAAAGAUUACCGGGAAGCUUGUGUGCAUGAAAGUGUACCCGGCCUUUUGCUACCGGGAGCCCGCGUAG